AUGGCGACGGCAGUAGCGGAGACGACAGUAGCGAACCAAGUGAAAGCUCGAGCGCCUCCAGUGAUGGGUCAGCCGAGUCUGAUGAGCAACGAGGGCGUCAGGAAAGCCGACGGCGACACGGAAGGCAUGGGCGACAUGUACGAGGAGAACGACGGAGGCGUCAAGUCCAACGGGAACGACAUGAAGACUGUGAAAGACAAUCCAGUCGCAGGAGCGUGA